UAAGGAAAAACAAAUUCUGGCAUUGGAGAUGACGUAUUCUUGUUCAGUUGCAACUUGGCUAUUCACUAAUUCUACCGAGUUUCAGUCUCCUGCUGACCACAAUGCCAAGCGUUUCCCAUGCUCGAGCUCACUUGUUUAUCUCACGAGCCGAUCCUCUCGUCUAUCUUUGAGACUUUGGUGUCCUAUCAGAGCCGCAUCAUCCGCCAUGGAAAGCAAUCCCAGAGGAGCAGCUUCGGGGACAUUUGUCCCAAAUGACUCCAGCCCACCCAUGAAGCUCUUGUUCGUCGAGAUGGGUGUUGGCUACGAUCAGCAUGGGCAAGACAUUACUGCUGCUGCGAUGCGGGCUUGUAGGGAUGCUAUCUCCUCCAAUUCGAUUCCUGCUUUUCGAAGAGGAUCUAUACCUGGUGUUACAUUUGAUCAGAUGAAACUACAGAUUAAACUGGGUGUACCUCAUCCUCUUCAACUAUCCCUGGAUAUUGAGAAGGUCAAGUCUGUAUUUCCUUAUGGAAAAAUUGUGAAAUUUGAAGUGGUUGAUGGGGGACUCAUCUGCUCUAGUGGCGUGCAUGUGGAAGAAAUGGGAGAUAAAAAUGAUGACUGUUACAUAGUGAAUGCAGCAGUGUAUGUUGGCUAUUAGCCGCUGUUUCAUUCUUGUCUGUCUUCAGCGUAUUGCAAGAUUGAUUUUGGAACCAGCUAAGCAGGUGAUAGAGAUGGGUGGGCGAGUGCACGAUAGAAGAAAUCAUGUUUCGGUGAUCAUGCAAGCAGCUCUAGUGUUUGAGUUCCUUGCUUCCUAAAGGGCGCCUUUAGACAACAGUAAUAAAUUUAUUUAUGUUGUGUUUGGUAGGAAGGAAAAGAAAAUGGGGAAGAAAAGAAAAAUAAAAAGGUUUGGCAGUUAUGAAUGAUAUAUUUUGCGGUGUACUUUUGUAUAUUCUAUAGUAUAAUUUAUGGAAAUUUGACGCCA